UGAUAAUAAAACUAGUACGAAGGUACAAAAGGAGGAAACAGGAAAAGUGACCUAUCGUUCUCAUACCAAUUCGACCGUAUCCUUGCCAAACACGUUCAACCUUCCGCUCACCAUGAGAAGGCUAGAUCGCUGUCUCGUCGGUUUUUAGAAAGCAGGUAUCCGUGUUUGUAGACUGUUCAAUACAACCGCGUUUCCUCCUGUAAAAGUUCUCUUUACCUCUUGAUCGGCCCUCACCAGUACUUUUUUCCAAGCAAAAGUCCUAAAGAGGCGAGUUAUGAGAACUUUUCAGUGUCCUAUCUACCAUGUCGCUGGUAACGCAAGCAGGUGCCAUAGGCAUGUUGUGGCAAUGACGCUGGACAUACUCCAGGUCCGAAGGUUCUCUCAGACCUCCCUCAGUCAUAAAGAUAACAAGAAAGAGGAACCGCCCCAUUCUCAAGAUAGCUCUCCUGACCAGCAACCUUCUCCAAAACAAUCAGCUGCCAAUCUCGCUGCCGUAACAAGACCGCACGACAUUCGAAGACCACUAGCAAGCCUCGAAGACUACGAGCCUGAUUUCUUUAGGGAUGCUCCUAGGAUGUUCAAGGCCCUGAAGUGGGAGGUUAAACUCCACUCCCGAAUGCGUGAGAUACUCACCAACCGCGCAUUCACCACGAAAGAGCUAGAAAGUUUGAAACGGACCGGAAAGCGCAGUUUCGCAGUGACACGACAGGGGAUUGAAAAGUCAGCCUUAGUGACGGGACCUUGGACAGAAGAGGAAACCGAAAUUCUGAAGAAGAUGCGCGAGGAGCGCGAGCACCCUCGGAUCAUUGCUCAUCGUCUAGCACGAGAUGAAGCAUCCGUGAGAGUCCAAAUCAAGCAUCUUUCGGGGUACUUCCAAGACAGUAACAAAACACCGUUGUAUGAAGGCCCCCAGGCUCUUCCCCCAGAACUCGAGAGUUCCAUUUUCCGAUCCAGACUGGAGACAGUAUGGGAAGGAUUGAUGACGCUUCGAACGACCCAGGAGUGGGCCGAGGUACUUUCAGAAUCGCAGUCCGAAUCAUGGCUUUCAAUGAUCGAAGAAUAUACUCCCAAACACGUCAAAUCAAUCCUUGCAUCGCACCAGCCGCCGAACAUUGCCAAGCUCGAGUCAAUCGAAUGGUCCCCCACCAACGCUGCAGGGGUCUAUGGAUGGGUCUUGAAGCCGACGGGAUCGAUCCACCCCUUCGACGAUGAAUGCUAUCUCUGGGUCGGCUCUGCCAGCAUGUAUGGUGGUGGCCUGGAGAGCAGAAAAGAAAAUCUCCUGUCGUGGUCGCGCUACACCGAGAACGAGGCGCCGAAGUUUGAGAUGAAAAACCUUGGCUUGAGUAGGAGGGGGAAGCUAUUGUUCACGCUUCUCGAGGUGCCUUUCGAGAAUGAUUCCGCGGAAGAGAUCCAGAGGAUCAGAAGAUUGGUGACGUUGGCGAGGGAGGUUUUUGUGAUUUGGUUGGCGGCUGCUAAGGAUUGCUCGAAAGUCAAGGAGGCUGUGCCUUGGGAACUAGCCGAUAUCUUCUACCACUGCCUCGCAGGCCAUAACCUAACCAGAAACAUUAAAGGAGUCAGAAAUGAGAAAACAGAGAGGCGGAAGCGGUAGAAAAUAGAAUUCUGAGGGGAAUUAGGAAUGAUACUUGGCCGCCGUACCUUGGUAAGGAUGUCCAGU